GUCUAGGAAAUUGUGAAUAUGCAAGGAGCAUUAUACGGUGUGAUUGUGCAGCUGUCAAAUACUUUCAAGAGUUCUUAAAGAAUCUAGGAUAACCUAACAUCUUCCUCUGCUGUACAUUGACCCCACUACAAACAAAAGCAGCCCAUCCCUGGCCUCCUAGCUCCCAGUUGCUGCCUGCUCCUCAGACCUGACGGACUCACAAGGUAUGGUGCUUAUGCUCAAUGUAUGGUGCACUGCCCAUCCUCAUCCCUCAUGAGACUUGGUUCUGAUGUAACCUAUAGUCAUGCAGGGAUGUCCUUAUACCUUUCCAUGAUGUCAUGAGUGGCGGGCAGCUGAUCAGUUCCAUCACAGCAGCAGCCUCCAAAGCACCUGCCCCCAGCUUCAGGUUAGAGCUGCUGCCACCUCCCCUGCACCUCCUUAGGAUGGUGCUGGGGUUUUCUUCCUAAGCCCACAGUUGUUCAACGGGUCUGUUGGUGCCAUUGGAACCCUGGAAUCGUCAGCCAUGAAUCUGUGUUGGAACGAAAUCAAGAAGAAGUCUCACAACCUCCGAUCUCGCCUAGAGGCCUUCUCAGAUCACAGUGGAAAGCUUCAGAUCCCUCUCCAAGAGAUUAUUGACUGGCUCAGCCAAAAGGAUGAGGAAUUGUCAGCUCAGCUGCCCCUACAAGGGGAUGUGGCCCUGGUGCAACAGGAGAAGGAGACACAUGCGGUCUUUAUGGAAGAUGUCAAGUCUCGGGGACCCUAUAUCUACUCUGUGCUGGAGUCAGCUCAGGCUUUCCUCUCCCAGCACCCAUUUGAAGAAUUAGAGGAGCCUUGUUUGGAGAGCAAAGAUACCUCUCCCAGACAGCGGAUUCAGAAUGUUAGCCGCUUUGUGUGGAAGCAGGCGACAGUGGCCAGUGAACUAUGGGAGAAGCUAACAGCCCGCUCUGUGGACCAGCACCGCCACAUUGAGCGCACUCUGGAACAGCUAUUGGAGAUCCAAGGGGCAAUGGAAGAAUUAAGCACUACUCUGACUCAGGCUGAGGGAGUCCGAGCCACUUGGGAGCCCAUUGGGGAUCUGUUCAUUGAUUCACUCCCUGACCACAUCCAGGCUCUUAAGCUAUUCAAAGAAGAAUUCUCCCCAAUGAAAGAUGGAGUGAAGUUGGUGAAUGAUCUGGCUCAUCAGCUUGCCAUUUCUGAUGUGCACUUGUCAAUGGAGAAUUCCCAGGCCCUGGAGCAGAUAAAUAUCCGGUGGAAACAGCUGCAGGUGUCAGUUGGCGAGAGGCUUAAGCAGCUCCAGGAUGCCCAUAGGGACUUUGGGCCCGGGUCACAGCACUUCCUUUCCUCCUCUGUACAGGUUCCCUGGGAAAGAGCAAUUUCACCCAAUAAAGUUCCCUACUACAUCAACCACCAGGCUCAGACCACAUGCUGGGAUCAUCCCAAGAUGACAGAGUUGUACCAAACCCUGGCUGAUCUGAACAAUAUUAAGUUCUCAGCCUACCGCACUGCUAUGAAGCUACGCAGAGUCCAGAAGGCACUGCGCUUGGACCUGGUAACUUUAGCCACAGCCUUGGAGAUCUUUAAUGAGCAUGAUCUUCAGGCCAGUGAGCAUGUGAUGGACGUGGUGGAGGUCAUUCACUGCCUGACUGCCUUAUAUGAACGGCUGGAGGAGGAAAGAGGCAUCCUGGUCAACGUGCCACUCUGUGUGGACAUGAGCCUCAACUGGCUCCUCAAUGUAUUUGAUAGUGGUCGCAGUGGAAAGAUGCGGGCAUUGUCCUUUAAGACUGGCAUUGCAUGCCUGUGUGGCACAGAAGUGAAGGAAAAAUUGCAGUCAGACCUCUUCAGCCAAGUAGCCAACUCAGGCAGCCAGUGUGACCAGCGCCACCUUGGUGUCCUGCUUCAUGAGGCCAUUCAGGUGCCCCGUCAGCUGGGGGAAGUGGCAGCCUUUGGGGGCAGCAAUGUGGAGCCCAGUGUCCGUAGUUGCUUCCGUUUUAGCACUGGGAAGCCAGUCAUUGAAGCUUCGCAGUUUUUGGAAUGGGUCAACUUGGAGCCCCAAUCCAUGGUGUGGCUAGCUGUUCUGCAUCGGGUCACCAUUGCUGAGCAAGUGAAGCAUCAGACCAAGUGCUCUAUCUGUAGGCAGUGUCCCAUCAAGGGCUUCAGGUACCGGAGUCUCAAACAAUUUAACGUGGACAUCUGUCAGACCUGCUUCUUGACAGGCAGGGCCAGCAAAGGCAACAAGCUGCACUACCCCAUCAUGGAGUAUUACACCCCGACCACAUCCAGUGAGAACAUGAGGGACUUUGCCACAACCUUAAAGAACAAGUUUCGCUCAAAGCAUUAUUUCAGCAAACACCCUCAGCGAGGUUAUCUGCCCGUGCAAUCAGUGCUGGAGGCUGAUUACAAUGAGACGCUGGCUUCUUCCCCGAGGUUACCACAUGCUGACACACACUCCCGCAUUGAGCAUUUCGCCAGCAGGCUUGCUGAGAUGGAAAGUCAAAAUUGCUCCUUCUUUAAUGACAGCCUGUCCCCAGAUGACAGCAUAGAUGAGGACCAGUAUCUGCUGCAGCACUCCAGCCCCAUUACAGACCGGGAGGCAGGCUUUGGACAGCAGGCUUCAUGCAACAUGGCCACAGAAAGCAAGGGGAAGCUGGAGAAGAUCCUGGCCCACUUAGAGGAUGAGAACCGGAUUCUCCAGGGAGAGCUGAGGCGCCUGAAGUGGCAGCAUGAGGAGGCUGCUGAGGCACCCACGUUGACUGAAGGCAUUGCUGAAGGAGCACAGGACCACCGCAAUGAGGAGCUUCUGGCUGAGGCCCGGAUCCUUCGGCAGCACAAGAGCCGCCUAGAGACACGCAUGCAGAUCCUUGAAGACCACAACAAGCAACUAGAGUCUCAGCUGCAGCGCUUAAGGGAACUGCUCCUGCAGCCACCCACCGAAUCAGAUGGCAAUGGCUCUGCAGGCUCGUCCCUAGCUUCCUCUCCACUGCAGUCAGAAAGCAGUCACCCCCAGGAGAAGGAACAGAUCACUCCAAACACUGAGGCUGCAGAUGGUGUGGGUUCAAAGACCCAAGAUGUCAGCCUGUGCUUGGAGGACAUUAUGAAGAAACUUCGUCAUGCUUUCCCCAGUAUGCGAAGCUCUGAUGUGACUGCUAACACCCUGCUGGCCUCUUGAUGGAGCCAGAUCCCCAUCUUAUAGACCAUAGUCCUCUCCUAGUUCUGUUAAAGCCUUCCCUCAACCUUCACCCAAACUUUCCAGUCCCCAUUGACCCUACAUUUCUCAGCCAGAAUUAUUUGGGCUCUGGGCAGCAGCAGGGAUCUGGUAGUAUGUGAGGUGGGUUUGUAAGGGUCGGGGAGGGAAGAGGCAUGAUUCCUCUGACUCUAAAAAUUUCCUCUUUAAAUCCUCAAGUUUGAGUCUUGUUCCUUAAGUACACUCCUGUUGUAGCUGAAGCAAAUAGCACUUGGAGGACACUCAGAUGGGAAUCAAAGAAGCUGCUUUGCAAAGCAAACCAGUGCUUGCUGUUGCCUUUCCUUCUCUGUGGAAAUAUGGAGAUUGGGAAGCCUAAUGACCCCCAGGUUCUAGCAUUGUGAACUCACAGGGGUUAGCUCUACUCUCUGGCCCAAAUCAGGGAGGUAAAAGGGUAUCCUCGAGACACCCUCUCUCCAUCAAAAUGACCCUGAAAAAUCUGGGCAGCAUGUGUUAUAUUACUUCAGCUUAGAGGCGUAUCUCUAGCCACCCUGAUACUACUUAGAUAUUGUUUUCUUCUCAAAUAUAUUCAGUUCCUCUGCCUCAGUCCCUGGCAGACCUUCCUCAAGGGGGGAACUGUUCAUUUUGGUUCCCACUUCUACCUUACAUUUGGAAACAUUAAAGAAUUACUUAUGAGCUUAGGGUUUGUUUGUUUUUUUUAACUCCUGAGCCUUCUCUACCCUAAGGGCCUCAUCAUCCUGAGAGACCAGCUGAGUGGCUCUGGACAUCCAACUGAAGCCCCCUUGGCUCUUCCAAGUCUGCCCUCACAGCCCUUGGGGAGGGGCAGCAGCUUACUUAGUAAAAGGAACUUGCUCUCCCUGGAAGAGAAAGGAGAGGCAACCCACUAGCCUGGAGGAGUGUGGCUGCCCAACACCCUUGCUUCUUUUAGGCUGAAUUGGAGGAGGUGGCUGGUUUUCCCCAGCUAAUCCUAAGACAGAUACAAUAGGCCACCCUGAAUAGUAGCCUAUUCAUAGGAUCCAUUGGCUACUUUCCAUACAGGCAAGAGCAUGGCCUUCCUUUGCAGAAAACUAUUCUUUCUAACUCUGGAAGGUGAACCCAAACCUCCAACUAAAUAGUUCUUCCUAGGCAACAUAUACCGGGAUUCCUUUAUCUGAAAACAGUUUAGGGUAGAUAGUGAGGAGAGGUGGAAGUGGGCUUGGGAACUUUGAACAGAGUCAGAGCCUACUUACUUAAGCAGCUUUCUUUCAAAAGGAGCUUUAUAAGCUAGAACCCUGAAAUUGACUUCAUUUGCUUAAGUUUAUAUGCAUACAUAUCUAUCUUACAUACCUACUGUACAUCAGUAUACCCCUGGUCUCACACAUUAAAUUCUAAUACCUCUUGAAAUAUUAAUGUUCUGCCUUGCUCUUUGUUAGCCCAAGCCUCUGGUUGAACAGAUAGAUACAUUCUGCCUGCUCCCCUAUGAUGUAUCUCCAUUCAUUGUUGGAGUGUGUUAUCUUCAAAACCAAAGCAACAGAAGCCUGCAGUCACAGAGGAAUCUAACAGGAAGAGUCACUCUCUUCUCUUUACUCAUUCCAGUUCGUGCUCCCUUGAGACCUGUGACUUGGAGGAAUUUUCCCAGGGUCCUCUGAACAAUGAAUGGGUCAGGUACCAAAAUAGAGCAAAUCCAAGCUUAACUACCCCAUGCAGAGAAGUAACAAACAGGCUUUUAUUAGCCUUCAUCAGGCUAAGACACAGACUACAUCUUCUAUCCCUUUCUAGUUCUUAAGUCUGGCUCGAGGCCUUAAAGAAAGCUAUGGUUGCCACUGAAGUCAAGAGGGUGUGAGAUGCUUGGGGUGUUAUGUUACAACCAAGCAAUGGGCCAGUGGGUAAAACUGCUGGAAAGCUAGAUUUAUCUGCUGUAGGGGAGGGAGGGCAGCAGCUUGUGUCCAAAAGCCUAGCAUUUAGAAUCACCAGGGGACAUUAAGGCAGAAGCCCAGAGUGCCAGAUAUCACCACAACAUCUGCUUUACUGUUCAUAAGGUCUCUGUGCAGAAAGACUUGGGUAUCUGGAUGUAUUAUGAGCACGUGGUAGGUGGGCAUCAAACACAGAGCCUGAGCAUCUGUCCAUGAGUGAGGGAAGCUAUAUUUGUAGGGGUAUAGAUUGUGAGUAGGAAUGGGAUAGAAGAAAUUUGCUAUUAAACAGAGAUCUCAAGGUCUUUGAGGCUUAUGGUUGCUUAAUCCUUAGGAGUGCAGAAGUUAUGAAAUAAUCUUUUACCAGGGAAGUCCUGGAAAAUCCUUUAUGUAACCCGCACUUCCCUUGAGAUCUAGGGUUGCUGAGGGCCUGUGGCAACCACAGUGGGCCAGGCAUGAUAGGGAAGUUGUAGAUCUUGUUAUGUAGGAUUUGUGUUGUUACAUGGAUUGAAGCAGCAGGUCAAGAGUUGAAUUUUCACUACCAGGAUCACUGACACUUUGUGGUCCUGUGUUUACCUUAAAGCCAGAGGUGAGUAUAGGCAUACCUUGUUUUAUUGCACUUUGCUUUGUUGCACUUCACAGAUGCUGCUUUUUUGUUUUUCACAAGUUGAAGGCAAGACCCUCCACCAGUAAAACGAUUAUAACCUAUUUUACUGUGAAGCUUAUUUAUUGUGGUGGUCUGGAACUGAAUCUGAAAUAUCUCCAUGGUAUGCCUCUUUAUCACUCAAGGCUCUGGUGAUGGUCACUGCAUUAUGUACAAACAUUAUGCCCACAGUGAGGUAAAUGGAUCCAUGGGCACUGUAAAUCCAAAUUAGGGUGGGAUUUACUGAGAUUGUUAUAUGUCAUUAGGCAUCUGUCAUGUAUGUGUCUCCUAAAGGAAUUGUGUGUGAUGCUGUGUAGUGUAUGUCCUUGUACUGAAAGUGUGGUGAAGGGAGUUACUGGGUAGGUAGCCAGAGGAAAAUCUCUGACUUGAUGGGUUAGUAUCUGUGAUAAGGAAUGUGCCUGCCGGGGUUGUUGUCAAAUAGUAUCAAUGAACAGUUAGGACUGAUAGGUGAUUUAUUCUUGACAGAAUCUGAUAGAAGCCAAGAAGCCAUUUUGAGGGUGCCUCUGCCUGUAGUGAGAGCAUAGUGGAAUCAUGUUGACUAGAAAAUUGUUAGGCAAGGGUGACUGGCUGGAGGGCAUCAGGCUGUUUGUUGUUUGGUUCCCUAGAGAGGGCCCUACCCAGGAGGACAUGUGCCCUUCCCUCCAGAAUGGAAAUGCUGAAAUCAAGGCUCUCAAGUGCCCAUUUUCUUCAAGGUCCCAAGUUUGGAAAUAUUUUCUUGCAGAGAAACCUGUUUGAGCUUCUUUGCUCCAGGAACUGGGCUUGUAUAUUGCAGUAAUGAGAAAUCCUGAGGCCAGACAGAGGCCUCCAGAUUCAUUUAAAGGAAUAGUCUACUGCCUGAGGUGUGUGUUUGGGACCUGAGCUCCAUAUCCAGCUUCAGGCUAGAGAGUUGCUUCAGCACACAUUCUCAAUGGUAGACUUAUGGCCUCUGAAACCAUUUCAGGUCAAGAAUCCCAUCAAAGUUUCUUUGACAUAGGUGACAGAUAACCAAGAACAUUAAAAGACAAACAGUCCUGGGAGAGAAAUGGGCCCUUGCCCUAGGGCUGUGGAGACUUAGCUGCUCAGCAGGACACCUCUAUUUCUAGGCCUCCUUGUCAAUAACUGUCUCUGGGAAUAAAGGAAUACUUCAAUUCCUUCUUACUUUUUUAACACCCAUGGCUGUGGGAGAGGGAAAGGCUCAAGGCCAGGGCUCAGGCCCCAGCUACAUCUCCUCCCAUAAUUGAUGCAUUUGUGGGAGGAGGUGUGGCGUGCUGAAUGUCCUUGCUGUCCCCAGGGCAGUAUUGAAGCUGGACUGAAGCCCACUAUGCUGUUUGCUGGCUGCAAGAACUAGACAUGAGGAUAAGAGUUAGGGAAGGAAUUUGAGGGAGGUUGCAAGGGUAGCUAGCACAUUAGUCUAGAAAAGUUUGGGAUGAAGGAACAGGACUGGAAACAAAUUGGUUAACAUUGAUUGCCACUCACUGUGGUGCU